UCGCAAGCGAACGUUUGAUUUCCUUGACCGACCCGCGCUGUCACACCAUGUCUUUCCCGUGGGUGUUAUUGGCGUGCCUGGUGACGCUGUCUAGCUGUCUCCCCACCAGCGACCCUGACCCCCCGAAAGACAAGGGCUUCAUCGACUGGAUCAGCAAUUUGGUUGGGAACCCCACCACGACCACGCUCCGGCCCAUCGAGGAUCCACCUGAGAACUGCCCUGCUUGUCAAUGCGGUAUAGCGCGCACGCGCCGGCGCAUCGUGGGCGGCUACGAGACCAAGAAGCUGGAGUUCCCCUGGAUGGCAGUACUCAUGUACAAUGGGCGCUUCUACUGCGGCGGGUCGCUGUUGAAUGACUUCUACGUCCUCACUGCUGCUCAUUGCACUGCUGGUUUCCGCAAAGAGAAGAUAACAGUCCGUUUCCUGGAACACGACCGUUCGGUGGGCAACGAGACGAAGACAGUAGACAGGAAGGUGCAAGCCAUCAUACGCCAUCUGCGCUACAACCCUGGCACCUACGACAACGACAUCGCGCUGCUCAAGCUUGAUCAGAGGGUGGAUCUAAGCAGUGCUCUAAAGCGAACCCGCAAGGAAGGUGAAGAUGCUAGCAGUGAGACUGAGGAAGAUGAUGUGGGCAUGCGCCCCGUGUGCCUGCCCAGCGCUGGGCUGUCGUACAGCAACUACAGCGGGGUCGUCACCGGCUGGGGCACCACGGAGGAGGGCGGCUCUGUCGCCAACACACUGCAGGAGGUGAACGUCCCCAUAAUAUCGAACGCGGACUGUCGCAAGACGGCGUACAAGCAACGCAUCACUGACAACAUGCUGUGCGCAGGCGAGCCCGAGGGCGGCCGCGACGCCUGCCAGGGUGACUCCGGCGGCCCGCUGCAUGUCUUGAACAAUGGCACCUCGCAGUAUCAGGAAGUUGGUGUCGUGUCCUGGGGCGAGGGUUGUGCGAGACCCGACAGGCCUGGAGUCUACACGCGCGUCAACAGAUACAUGACCUGGAUAAAGAGUAACACUAAAGACGCUUGUUAUUGCCACUAA